GAAAUGACGUGAAGCCUUAUACAGUCACGACUACCUCACUUAGUGACAUACCAGCCAGGCCAUUUACUCUCUCCUCUCCCUCUGUCCGCACCCACCCACUCUGCAGACGUCGACCAUGUGCCCGCCGCGCUUAUCAUGAACAAGCAUGUGCGAACGCUCGGCUUGCUGUGGCGCCCCAUCGCUGGCCCGCUGUUGAGAGAGGGCGCUGCCUUUGCCUGCCCUCCCAUUCGACAUGCCUUUUCGACCGCAUCUACGACCCAACGCCCUCGCACAACGCCCGCGCCAUGGCUAGCCUGCUUUCCCGCUGUCAAUUCACCCUAUACCCCAAGCGCCCAGCAUAGCAUCACCAAGGUCGUCUUCGCAGCAUGGACCCGACAUGCCUCGUCAAAGGCCUCGCGCGCACUGAGAAGGAACACACGCAACGACCGACGCAGCAAGAGCUCACUCACUCCGUCCUCUUCCGACAAUAAGCGUCGUCCGUCUGGCCAGGCGCCGCAGGCAAAUCUUUCGCCUCAGCCGAAUGCGCCGCCAAAGCCCUCACAGCCAGAGCCAGAACCAAAGCAAGAAGCCGAUACUCCAGGCACCUCAAAGCCCCUCCUCGACCGCCUGCCCCAUCACCUUCCGCAUCUAUACCGCCCUACCAAGGCUGAGCUGCUCGCCGCUGCCUCGGGCUUCUGGUCGCGCAUCAAGAUUCACUUUAAAUGGCUCACCAUCCGGAGCACUCGUCCCUUCAAUGCCGAUGAGAUAUACGCCCUCUUCUCCUGGGUCAUUGCCGCCCAUGUACUAUGGGUUAUCCUGGGAACCACGACAUUUUUCAUGCUGACCAUCUUCCUCAUCAACACUGCUUUCUCUCAAGAGACGGUUGGCAAGUGGAUUGGCAAUUAUCUGACAAAGUCGUCGGGCAUUAAAGUCGUCUUCGAGACUGCGGUAGUCCCCAAGUGGGGAGACGGCGUAAUUUCCUUCCGCAAUGUCUUCGUCUCGCGUCGCCCCGGACAGGGCACAGGAAAGGUCAGCAAGGGUUCACACACGGAGAUAGCUGCUGCCGCCGCCGCUCGAGCUCAGCAUAGCAAGGACGCACAUGACGGGAUUCCGGCCAAGUCCGAACCAGAGGAAGACACAAACUACACCCAGUUCGACAUUUCCAUUGACACAGUCAACAUCACCUUGUCCUUCUCCAAGUGGUUCAAUGGCAAAGGCUUGUUGGAGGAUGUUGAGAUCAAGGGCAUCCGCGGUGUAGUGGAUCGAACUUCAGUACGCACUAUUGAAGGCGUCGACCCAAGGUCGUACAAGCACGAGCACCAACCUGGAGACUUUGAGCUUGACUCGUUCAAGAUGGAAGAUUUGCUGGUGACUGUAUACCAGCCAAAUGGCUUCCGCCCCUUCUCCGUCAGUAUCUUCUCUUGCGACCUUCCCAGGCUACGGAAACAAUGGCUCUUUUACGACUUUCUCUCUGCAAACAUGAUGUCUGGAUCAUUCGACAACUCCCUCUUCACCAUUCAUCCCCGACAAACCCACAACUACACAGGUGCGCAAUUGAGCAGCGGUCGCGCCUCCGAGGACGGCAGCUCCUGGAAGAAGCACAGCCGGAUACGCAUCGAUGGUCUCAACAUCGACCAUCUCAACCGCGGCUACGAAGGCCCGUUUUCCUGGAUUCAUGAAGGAAACGUCGACAUUGUUGCCGACGUCAUGUUCCCCAACGACCACGACGACAGUAUUGCCAAAGUCAUGUCUGACAUGUACGACCGCGUCGAAGCCACCGUCACCCAACAGCGCAAGCACCACUUUUCCGACCAUGCCGUCCAUGGCUUUGAUGAACACCAUCACGACGACAAGACCUCUGACUCUGAGCAAGGGGAGGAGUCGCGUUACAUGAUCAUGGACAUGCGCGUCCACCUCAACGACGUCCGUGCCGCCGUUCCAAUCUUCACCAGGGACAUUUCGUACGUCAACAAUGCUCUGGUGCGGCCUAUUGUCGCAUACAUCAACUCGAGCCGUAGCUUCAUUCCAGUCAACUGCAGAGUGGUCAAGAAGGUCAGCGAGUUUGAUGGCAGUUGGACAUUGUACGACAGCGGGUUGAUGGAGGAGGUAUCGAAAGAGAUGUACGAUGCCUUUGCCCGUGACGUCCUCGAGGAUAGGACCACACGCAAGCGGCGAAUAAAAAAGGUAGGCAUUUGGACUUUGCAACUCGCAGCUCAAGCCCUCUUUCUCGGCCUCGCCGGGAACAUUGCCUAGACAUGAUACCCUUGACGGAUGACAUGCACGAGAUGAAUGAAACAACAAAAUUAAAAGCACCUCUCUCUUCUUUUUGUAUUAUACCAUACACGUACACAGAUACACGUGGGCAGCGUACGGCGUUUUGGGCAAGGGCUCGCUACACAACAUGGGAUUGUUAUGCAUGGCGGCUAGUCAGUUGUUCUUUAGGUCUGAUAUAGACGCUUCCGCGGACAUGACUUGAUGGAAUUCAAACGCUUAUGGACUUGAAUGAUUAACGGUCUUUUUCUUUUCUUUUCUUUUGAAAAAAAUCAUCUAUUUCAUCAAUCGUAUCCUCAUAUAUCCCCAAAAUCUCUCUCUUCACUCAUCCACCCGUCCCACAAACACAGCCCCAACCUCGUUCCCUUGCUCCCCCCACACCCGCUCACAAGGAACCCACUGCACACCUCCCUUGGCCACCACA